UAAUCGAAUAACACUUUCAACUUUCAAAUUUUCUGACAGUUUAGGAAAGCAUUAGUAAAUUCUUAUCUUCCACACCCUUGUUUUUUUAAUUUUUAUUUUUUUAAUUUUUUAAAUCAAAAAUAAUGUCUUCUUUUUCUCGAAGAGACAAAAAUAUAGGAAGUUAUUAUCUUCCACCAUUUUGCUCAAAAAUUUCUUCAACUACUUAUGGUAAGAAAUGGUUCCAUGAUGAUCAAAUGGAUCAUGUACCUAAAACUGGAUGCUAUAAUUAUACAAGGGAAACUCCAUACAGUAACAAAAAGGUACUUGUUGAUAACUGGGAAGAAGAAUUGAGCGAUGUCAGAAAUCGCGAAUAUUGGAAAAAAAGAAUAAGUAAUUACGAACAUUGUUACUUAACUACUUACGGUUGUAGUUAUAACCGGUAUGGAAUUAUUAUCCCUCCUAAAUUUAAUGAUAAAGAACCCCGCUGCUUACCGUGUCACCAACCUGAGCUGGAUCCUGAUUACAUGAAAUCCCCCAAAUUUUAUCAAAGUAUAACUCAAACAUCGUAUAGCGAUCCUCAUCCGAAAAAAAUCCAAAAGGAUCUUAUUCCAGAAAUCCAAAAAACUAAAGAAGCAGCAACUCAGACUUAUCCUCAAGAAGAAAGCAUUCAAGAAUUUCAUAAUUUUUAAUUAUUAUUUUAAUAUUAAAAGAUCGCGCAAUCAUUUUGUUACGUUAUUAAAUAAUGCCAGAUGUUUUGAGUUACCAUAAAAA